ACCCAUAAACAGAAGUUAACUUCUAACCUGACUAAUUUUACAGACAUUUCCUUUAAUUUAUGUGCAGAGUAUGCAGCGAAGAUUCUGUUUGCCAAACAUGUUUUUUUCCUUAGGAAAUACCUUUGUUAUGCUAUACUGUAUUUUAGAAAAUAUUAGUCAAAAUUUCAAAAAAUAAAUGUUUAUUCUGUUUUACUUUUAAUGCAGUGUAUAUCUAUGUUUUUAGGGGGAUACGUCAAGAAAAUUAGAUCUUUAUUUUACUGUUUAUAUAUAUUCCUAUCAUUUGCUUUUUUAACAUUAACAACUUGCUUGUUCAUGAAAUAAGUACAUUUCUAUGAGAGUUAUUACAUGUAUAUUAAAUUAUGUGAAUAUAACAUUUAUCAAAAAGCUAGUAUAGAUUUCAAACUCAUGGAAAUUAGCUUCUAAUUCAAAUAUUCAACUGCUAAGUACAUGCAUACAGGUAUUUACCCUAAAGACCCAUUGCUGUCAUCAAAGAUACAUUAUGUUUUAGUUCCAUAGAAAUUUAGUUUCCAUAGAAAUUUAGUUUCAUUAUGAAAAUACAUAUUGAUAAUCAAUGCAUGUAUGUACUUUAUUUGUGUCAUUUAAAGAAAACCUGUUUAUUAUGUGCAAAUAAGAAUGUCAUGCAUUAGUUUUUAAAAAUAAAUUUCUUUUCAGGCUACUUUAAGAAUUGCUAAUGAUGAUGAAUAAUCAUGAGUGGGAGAAGCAAAAGAAAAAAAAGACAAAGAAAGGAAAAAGAAAAUUCGCUCAGAAAAUUUGGCAAAAAAUGCAGGUCUUUCCACCCAAAAUUAUGAAUCACAAUCAACUGCAGCAGAGCAAGACAAAAACUCAAGUUUUGAGGCAGAAAAGCCAGACUGGUUGUGUAACUAUCUUUCACAACAACAGCACUUUGAGAAACAAAGACUUACAAGAAAGCAACAAAUGAAAAUUUGGUACCAACAAAAUAAAGAAAAGAAAAAACAGUAUGAAAGAAAUAGGUAUCAAGAUGAUGAGAAGGCCAAAAGAAAAAAGCAGUACAUGAGAGAACAAUAUUGUAUUCCAGAGAAUGCAGAUAAAAAGAAACAGAGGAUCAGGAAAAAUUACAGUAUUCCAGAGAAUGCAGAAAAAAUGAAACAGAGUAUGAAAGAAAAAUACAGUAUUCCAGAGAAUGCUGAGAAAAAGAAACAGAGGAUCAGGAAAAAUUACAGUAUUCCGCGGAUUGCAGAAAAAAUGAAACAGAGUAGGAAGGAAAAUUACAGUAUUCCAGAGAAUGCAGAAAAAAAGAAACAGAGUAUGAAAGAAAAAUACAGUAUUCCAGAGAAUGCUGAGAAAAAGAAACAGAGGAUCAGGAAAAAUUACAGUAUUCCUAAGAUUGCAGAAAAAAUGAAACAGAGUAGGAAGGAAAAUUACAGUAUUCCAGAGAAUGCAGAAAAAAAGAAACAGAGUAUGAAAGAAAAAUACAGUAUUCCAGAGAAUGCUGAGAAAAAGAAACAGAGGAUCAGGAAAAAUUACAGUAUUCCUAAGAUUGCAGAAAAAAUGAAACAGAGUAGGAAGGAAAAUUACAGUAUUCCAGAGAAUGCAGAAAAAAAGAAACAGAGUAUGAAAGAAAAAUACAGUAUUCCAGAGAAUGCUGAGAAAAAGAAACAGAGGAUCAGGAAAAAUUACAGUAUUCCUAAGAUUGCAGAAAAAAUGAAACAGAGUAGGAAGGAAAAUUACAGUAUUCCAGAGAAUGCAGAAAAAAAGAAACAGAGUAUGAAAGAAAAAUACAGUAUUCCAGAGAAUAAUGCAGAAAAAAAGAAACAGAGGACCAGGGAAAACUAUAAGAUUCAGGAAAAGUCACAAAAACAAAGAGAAUAUGAAAAACAAAAAUAUCAGAUACCAGAAACAAGAAAAAGGAAGAGAGAACAAAGUUUACAAAACUAUCACACAAAGAAAGCUAAAUCACUAACUAAUGGUGAUGGAGCACUUCAGAAAUUUAGAACCUUAUGCAAAGAAUAUCCAAUUUAUCCAUGUGUUGUAUGUGGACGGAUUAUGUUUCGUUCGCAGGUUCAUAAAUUUGUCAAGAAGAAAUACAAAAAAACACAAAUAUCUACUUUACUGAACAGUCUUUCAGCAACCACUAUCGAACAUAUCUGUGUUUUAUGUGACAAGACCAUGAAAAAUGGCAAAAUUCCAGCACAGGCCUUAGCUAACAAUAUGGAUUUAAGUACUGCUAGAGCCGAAUUAAGUGAACUUAAUAAACUGGAGAGACACCUGGUAUCUCCAGUAAUUCCAUUUAUGAAAAUAGUUAAUUUGCCAAAACAUACACAAAAAGGAAUUCAUGGACCAGUAAUUUCAGUUCGCUCAGAUAUUACGAAAGUUACGACAACUUUGCCUAGAAACAUUUCUGAUGAAUCGUUCAUCAAGGUAAAACUGAAGCGCAAGUUGUGUUUUAAAGGCCAUCAUCUCUACCAGGAAGUACGUCCUAAUAAAAUCUUCAAAGCACUUGAUUUUCUAAAGAAAACAAACCCACACUUUGCAGAUAUAGAAAUUAAAGAUGAUAUAUUUAAAAGUGGAGAAUAUCUAGAUGAUAGUGAAAACUACUCAGCUGUAGAUACCAGUGGUGCUGAUAAGGAGAGGGACUCUGAACCUGGAAAUAAUGACCACAAUGAAAGCAACAUCAAUGCUGAAUGUGAUGAUCCUGACACAGAGGAAGAAGAGUCAACAGAAGAAUCUCAUGACUUUGCACCACCACUUGAUACAUCUCUUCAACCAUCAGACUUAACACAGUAUUAUGCUGAUCAAAAUCCAAACUCCAUAUUUUGUAUUGCCCCGGCAGAAGGAAACACACCAACAAAAGUCAUCCAUUCUGAAGGACAGGCAUUUCCAAUUCAUUUCCCAAAUGGAAAAAAAACAUACACAGACAAACGCAAUACAAAAAUAUCAAUGAAACGGUAUUUCAACAGUAGAUUGUUUUCAAGUGACCAUAGAUUUGCUAGUGAUCCAGAAUAUAUAUUUUUUGCACAGUAUACAGCAGAACUUGAGGAAAUCUUUUCUUCUGUUUCUAUUGCAAUGCGAAAGUCAGUUGAUUUGAGCCAUUUGACCUCAUCUACCUUCUUGGAUUCUUCCAAAAUGAAAAAGAUGCUUAAAAAAGAUGAAUGGUACCGCUUUUUGCAGGCAGUUCGCGGUUCCCCAGCAUACUGGGAAAAAACCAUGCGAGAUCUUUUUGCCAUGCUUAAACAGCUUGGCAUACCUACAUUUUUCAUAACUUUUUCUGCAGCAGAAAGAAGAUGGACAGAAAUUAUGGAAGCAAUUUGUCUCCAGCAAGGCAUUGAAGUUCCUAAAGACCCUGAUUGGCAGCAGUACUACAACAUAUUGAAUAGCAACAUUGUAACUGCUACACGGAUGUUUGAUAAAAGACUUCAUGAUUUUAUUAAUCAAGUCAUUAUGAGUCCAUCCAAUCCUAUUGGUAAGGCAGAAAAAGAAUUGGGAGAGCUCAUUAAAGCCGCCCAAAGAGAGGCAAGACAGAAUAAUGAAGAGGCAAUACAGGAGCUCAGAAAGCUUGGAAAUGUAUAUCUCACCCAUCGGGAGAUAAGUGUUAUGGAAGCAGUCUACAGAGUUUGUGGUCUAAAGCUUAAACAUUGUUCUCGAGACGUUGUAUGGAUUCCAACUGAUACAGAAAAUACCAGAAUAACACUUCCUAUGCAUGUGAUAAAAUCAAAUGCAUCUCGUGGUGAUGACAACAUAUGGAUGACAAGCAUCUUGGAUAGAUAUCUAGCAAGGCCAUUGACAAAUGAAUUUGCCAAUAUGUGUUUAGCAACUUUUGUAUCAAGGUAUAGAGUGAUAGCAAACUCCACCCAUACAGAAGAGGCAGAUUUAGAAGAGGAAUCAAAGACAGAGACAGGGAAAAAAAUACGGCUGCUUCACAACAUGGGUACAAUUACAAGAAGGACCAAAAAGGAUGCAGUCAUUAGAUAUCCAAAGUUUUCACAAUCCAAAGAUCCUGAGAAAUAUUAUUUUAAUUUGUUGAGAUUAUAUUGUCCUCACAGAGAAAAUAGAUUUCUUCCAUCUGAGUAUAACUCCUUCCAACAGUACUAUGAAACAGGAAAAUUAGGAUUGACGUUAGUUUGUAAUAUUGUUAAUGAAAAUAUGAAACAAUUCCAAAAACUAACUGAUCAGCUUGAUGAGACUUGGUCCCUAAUGAAAGACAUGCCUCCACUGGAAGAAGCAUGGGCUCAAGUGGCACCUAACUCAGAACAGGAAAGAAUUGAAAAUGAAGAAGAAAAGGAAUUGCUCGAUGAUGAAGAAUUUCUUUCAGCAGUAGACAUUCCUGAAAUGAAAUCUACACCACAGACAAACAAGAAUUCAUACUCACAGAAUGUGUACACGGAGCCAAAUCCCAAUACCAUAACUGAUGAAAAGCUUUUGCAGAUGUACAGAUUGCUGAAUAAAGAACAAAUGGAACUGCUCAAUUUUAUAAAAGAGUGGUGCUUGCAGGUGUUACACUCAAACUCUCAUGACAAUUUUCACAUAUUUCUGACCGGGGGAGCGGGAGCUGGAAAGUCUUUGCUCAUUCACUGCAUUUACCACAUGGCAAACAAAUUAUUUCACAAGAUACGUGAAACACCAAAUGAUGUCAUUAUUCUUAAAGUUGCUUACACUGGAAAAGCAGCUUUGAACAUCAAUGGUCAGACUAUUCAUUCAGCCUUUGCAUUGAAGAAGAACAUGAAAACACAGUAUCAACCUCUUGGUGAAAAUGAUUUAAAUACUCUACGAGCCAGGCUUUCAAACAUUCAGCUACUUAUUAUUGAUGAAAUAUCAAUG